AUGGCGAGCCCGGAGCAACCGACAGUCGCUCUGCCAGCGGACAUUGGCGCCGUGAACGUGGUUGAGACGCCGACGUCGCCCUCGUCGGCCUUCACGCUGUCCAGGUUCGAGUUCGAGACGGGCACCAAGGGCAACGAGGGGACCAAGAUCCUCAUGGUCGAGUGGGACGCGCGCGCCGCCACGGACGCGGCCGCGGCAGCCGCCAGCGCGGGCGGAGCGGACAGGGAGCGCGAGCAGGCCCACAACGGGUGCGACGACUGGGAGGUGACGUGGGAGGGCAAGGGCUCGGACCGGAAGAAGGAGGACAAGGAAAAGGACAGCAACGGCAGCAGCAAGGACCGGGACGGCAUCACCGUGCUGCCCAUCCGCGACACCGACGCCCCCGAGGGCACGCGCCGCGUCUACUUCCUGCUGCCGCCGGGGGCGCCGAUACCGACGCUCGUGACCAUCUCCAAGCGCUCCGGGCUGACGGAGCUGCGGGCCAAGCCGCUGCCCGCCAUCUUCCCGGAGGGCCUGGUCAGCGAGGACAAGGGCACGAGGGGCGUGCUGCAUACGAUAUGGGCCAAGCGGAGGCUGCACGAGCUCGAGGCCGAGAUCGCCGCCGAGAUGAGGGACAACAGCGAGAGCGUGGGGCUCGAGAUGUUGCUGCAGGAGCGCCAGUGGAUCGUCGACCACUUCGGCCUCGAGAUCGACACCUCCUCCGCCGACGCCAUCCCCGUCGCGCCGCACAACCCGGACAGCUCCAGCCCCGUGAGCCCCAGGAGUCCGAUCGGCGGGAGGCUGGGCGAGAGGCUCAAGGGCCUGAAGCUGGCGACGUCGCCCGCGGAGCUUGCCGCGGCGAAGGAGGCGAGCCACAACGAAAUCAAGAACUCAGCAGCAGCUGAACGUAAAAUAACCGCCUUUACCCCAGCAUCAGGAGGCGCAGGUCUGGGCAGGCCGGCGGGCCCCGGCGGCAUUGCCUCGCUGAGCGCUGUUAUCGAGGGCGGCAGCGGAGCGGGCGCCCCCGCCCCAGAGAGGAGCGUCGACACGGAAGAGGACCUGUUCGCGCUGCCCAUGAGCCCCCGGAGCCCCGAGGAGGCGAAGAGCCCCUUCAGCAUGCUGAAAUGUUAG